UCGGACGCCAUUUUGGAGGAAAGUUUGGAAUUCCUGAUACAUUGGUGGAAAGAAGGAGGAGGGGAGAGCGCCGAGCAAGGGAACUUUGACUUGUGGAAAUAUUGCCGGACCGAGAUAGAUAAAAGCUUGAGAGCGGGAAACGAAUAAUUCAGCACUCAGAAACAAAAAAGAGGAUUUACUCCCUAAAUGCACAGACUGAACUUUGGGAUUCGUUACUCGCAGUUUCUUCUGCCAAUUUGAACUGCACUGCACAUGUUCUCAGAUUUUCAGGCUGCUCAAUGAAUUGCACCGUACAGAGCUGGGCUUGCUGAGAACCGGUUUGUUUAUGUUUAGUGUAUGAGAAUUGAUUGGAGAUACGAACGUGACAUACGGCAGUAGUGUUUCACAUAGCUGUUAGUGGGAAACUGGUGUCGGGAAUCCUGCGCUGUCUCUACUGGCACUAACCUAAAUGAACCCUGUCAGUUAGCCCUGCCAGGGAUACAAGCUGGUCACAUUGGCAUUCACGGCGGGUCAUCAGAAUAGCCUUUAAUCUACCAAAAAAAAUCGGAUUCAUUGCAUGUUUAUAGUCCAGUAAGAAAAAACGGUGCCUUUUGUAGUCUAUUGAACGGCCGGGAGCUAUAGCGCACAUUGCGUUUUUUGAGGAGAGAAGAGACUAGUUUCUGUUCAUGCUAAAACGGUGUAAACUCCUGGCUCUGCCCCUCUGGCAACUGUAGCAAAGGAUAUCUGAAGCAAGGGAGUGUAGGCUACUACACCAAACAUUAGCCUGCACGAAACAGUGCCUGCGUCUACUUUUCCUGCUGCACUUGGGAGCUGUCAUGCCUAUACGAAAGAAAGAUGCUCAAAGAGCUUUACUGCUCAUGGAGGAAUACAAGACGAAACUUGGACAGACAGAAGACAGACAACUCAGACAGUCAUUAGAAAGACUCAUCAACAUCUUUCAGAGCAACCUCUUCCAAGCCUUGAUAGAUAUCCAGGAGUUUUAUGAAGUGACCUUACAGGAAGGCCAGACAUCUGUAGAGCCAGUCAAGCCUGCAGAGCCCCCAGCUCCCCCUGUCACCCUGUGGGACUUCUCCAGCCUUCCCUCCCCCUCUACAGCUGUCACCUCUGACACCCUGCCCAGCAGCCUUACGUCCAGCAUAGAGAAGUACAGGAUUCAGGAUGAGGAUGGUUCUACCCCCCAGCAGGACCAGGGUCAGUCUCAGGCCUGUCCCCAGCACCCCUACCCCAGCCUGGAGGAGAGAGGCAGAGAGCGGGAGCUGCCAGGGAGCCAUCACGGGACCCUCCGCAGCCACCAUGGAGGAGGAACCCUGGACGGGUACCACCACGGCAGGGGAGAGAGAGAGGGCAGGGGGGAGGGACGGCCAGAGCUGGUCCAGGUAGCGGAGAAAAACCUGUCUCAGAUAGAGAACGUCCAUGGAUAUGUCUCCCACGCACACAUCUCCCCUAUGAAGGUAGAGUCGUUGGAGUGUAUCUUCGACGCUGGCUCGCCUGUAGGCUAUGAGGACGUUCCUGUUCCUGACUUCUCUACGCUGUAUGCUACCCACCACGCCCUUCUACAGCAGCCAGAUGUGGUGGUCCCGCCCCCCGUACCCAUAAUCCCUGUGAUCCCCAUCCCAGCCGAGACCACUCCUGUCAUCUCUCCACCCUCCUCUCUGCCUGCACCCGCGUCACCCACGUCACAGGCAAACCCACCUCCUGUGGUGGUCAACACAGACAGCUUGGACAGCCCCCCAUACGCGAAUGGAUCUGAAGCUGAUUAUGAAUAUGAUGAGAUCACACUGGAACGGGGUAACUCUGGGUUGGGCUUCAGUAUUGCAGGGGGGACAGAUAACCCCCACAUCGGCGAAGACCCCAGUAUCUUCAUCACCAAGAUUAUCCCUGGGGGAGCUGCAGCUCAGGACGAACGUCUCAGAGUUAAUGACUGCAUCCUGAGAGUGAACGAGGCCGACGUGAGGGAUGUGACCCACAGUAAGGCUGUGGAGGCCCUGAAGGAGGCCGGCUGCAUCGUCAGGCUCUACAUCCGCAGGAGAAAAGCCCUCUCGGAGAAGAUCCUGGAGCUCAAACUAGUCAAAGGUCCCAAAGGGCUAGGAUUCAGUAUUGCGGGGGGAGUAGGGAACCAGCACAUUCCAGGAGACAACAGCAUCUAUGUCACCAAGGUCAUCGAGGGAGGGGCUGCACACAAAGACCAGAGGCUGCAGAUAGGAGACAAACUAUUGGCUGUAAACAGCGCUUGCCUUGAGGAAGUGAGUCACGAGGAUGCCGUGGCAGCCUUGAAAAACACCCCUGAUGUGGUUUACCUGAAAGUGGCGAAGCCCACCAGUGUCUUCAUGAACGACAGUUUCGCUCCCCCCGACAUCACCAACUCGUAUUCCCCUCACAUGGACAACCAUAUCAGCCCUUCCAACUACCUGAGCCGGCCCCAUACCCCCGCCACGCCUGGACGCUACUCCCCCGUCCCCAAGAGCAUGCUGGGAGACGACGAGGUGACAAGGGAGCCCAGGAAGGUGGUGUUGCACCGUGGUUCUACAGGCCUGGGUUUUAACAUCGUAGGAGGAGAGGAUGGAGAGGGAAUCUUUAUCUCCUUCAUCCUGGCUGGUGGACCUGCUGACCUCUGUGGAGAGCUUCGCAAAGGAGACCGCAUCAUCUCAGUGAACGGGGUCGACCUGCGCAGUGCAACCCAUGAGCAGGCUGCAGCAGCUCUGAAGAAUGCUGGACAGACUGUUACCAUCACAGGCCAGUACAGGCCAGAGGAGUACAGUCGGUUUGAAGCCAAAAUCCAUGAUCUACGUGAACAGAUGAUGAACAGCAGUAUCAGCAGUGGCUCUCUGCGGACCAGCCAGAAGAGAACUCUCUAUGUCAGGGCUUUGUUUGACUAUGACCGGGCGAAGGACUCGGGGCUGCCCAGCCAGGGGCUCAACUUCCACUUUGGAGACAUCCUUCAUGUGGUGAAUGCCUCCGAUGACGAGUGGUGGCAGGCACGGCAGGUGACCCAUGAAGGAGAGGUGGAAGAGGUUGGAGUCAUCCCCAGCAGGAGGAGGGUCGAAAAGAAAGAGAGAGCGCGGUUAAAGACAGUCAAAUUCAACGCCCGGUCUCAAGACAAAGUGCAGUCAUUCAAUGACAAGCGUAAAAAGAACCUAUUUUCCAGAAAGUUCCCUUUCUACAACAAGAGCAAGGAGCACAGCGAACAGGAAACGAGCGAUGCUGACCAGCAUGUUACCUCUAACGCCAGUGAUAGUGAAAGUAGUUACCGUGGCCAGGAGGAGUACGUCCUGUCCUACGAGCCAGUCACACAGCAGGAAGUGAACUACACACGGCCUGUCAUCAUCCUGGGGCCAAUGAAAGACCGCAUCAACGAUGACCUCAUCUCAGAGUUCCCCGACAAAUUUGGGUCCUGUGUCCCACACACGACCAGACCGAAGCGGGAUUACGAGGUGGAUGCCAGAGACUACCAUUUUGUGGUGUCCAGGGAGCAGAUGGAGAAAGAUAUCCAGGACCACAAGUUCAUUGAGGCGGGCCAGUACAACAACCACCUGUAUGGAACCAGCGUCCAGUCUGUACGGGAGGUCGCUGAGAAGGGGAAGCAUUGCAUCCUGGAUGUUUCAGGCAACGCCAUCAAGCGAUUGCAAUCGACCAUGCUCUACCCCAUCGCUAUUUUCAUCAAGCCCAAGUCUGUGGAGAAUAUCCUGGAGAUGAAUAAGAGGCUAACAGAGGACCAGGGGAGGAAGACGUUCGACCGAGCCAUGAAGCUGGAGCAGGAGUUCACCGAGCACUUCACUGUAUGUUUUACAUGUGUGUCGUUGCAGCUAUCGUCCAGGGGGACUCUCUGGAGGAGAUUUAUAACACGGUGAAGAGGAUCAUCGAGGAGCAGUCAGGACCCUUCAUCUGGGUGCCUGCCAAGGACAAGUUUUGAAGGAGAAGAGAAACAGAAGAGAUGACCUUUUUCUUUCUGCCGUCCUCGUUCUCUUCUUUGAUUUUACGUCUAAUUUUAUGCCCUGAACAUAGGACCCCCCCCUUUCACUUAUACCCCCCCCCGCGCCGCCCUGCUCCCCUCUGUCACACUGGCUGGUGUCGUUACAUUAGUGUCUGGGGAUCUGAUCACGCAUAGACCCACACACACACACACACACACACAAUUCUUUAAUGCUUUCUCUAUCACUCUCUCGCUCGCGCUCUCACUUUCUCGCUCGCUCUCUCUCACGCUCUCUCAUUCGCUCUCGCUUUCGCUCUCUCUCUCGCUCUCUCUCGCUCUCUUCUCUCGCUCUCUUCUCUCUCUCUUCUCUCUCUCGCUCUCUCUGGUGUUUUCUUGGGCUGUCCUUGUAUCUGGGUGUUUUUCCUGCUAUGGAGGUACGGGCUUUGGCAACCAGCGUCUUAUGGGGAGAUUUUUAUGGUACAAGUCCUUAAUGUUUAAGGAACAUGAUUUAGAUGCAUAUAUAUACAAAUAAUAAAUCAUUUCUUGUACUUUUUUUUUUCUUCAUAUUAUUGAAAGGAAAUGCAUUCAUGUCUGGGGUUCGUAAAGGAAAUGCAUUCAUGUCUGGGGUUCGUAAAGGAAAUGCAUUCAUGUCUGGGGUUCGUAAAGGAAAUGCAUUCAUGUCUGGGGUUCGUAAAGGAAAUGCAUUCAUGUCUGGGGUUCGUAAAGGAAAUGCAUUCAUGUCUGGGGUUCGUAAAGGAAAUGCAUUCAUGUCUGGGGUUCGUAAAGGAAAUGCAUUCAUGUCUGGGGUUCGUAAAGGAAAUGCAUUCAUGUCUGGGGUUCGUAAAGGAAAUGCAUUCAUGUCUGGGGUUCGUAAAGGAAAUGCAUUCAUGUCUGGGGUUCGUAAAGGAAAUGCAUUCAUGUCUGGGGUUCAUAAAGGAAAUGCAUUCAUGUCUGGGGUUCGUAAAGGAAAUGCAUUCAUGUCUGGGGUUCGUAAAGGAAAUGCAUUCAUGUCUGGGGUUCGUAAAGGAAAUGCAUUCAUGUCUGGGGUUCGUAAAGGAAAUGCAUUCAUGUCUGGGGUUCGUAAAGGAAAUGCAUUCAUGUCUGGGGUUCGUAAAGGAAAUGCAUUCAUGUCUGGGGUUCGUAAAGGAAAUGCAUUCAUGUCUGGGGUUCGUAAAGGAAAUGACGAGGCUAAACUUUGCACGUUAUAGCUUUAAAAGAGCAUGUUUCAUAGUGUUCUGAUCAUUCCUUCGUUGUGUUUUACCUCGUCAUGUUCUGUAGUCGUCCUUUGUCUCUGCUCACGUGACAGCCAUACAUACUAUUCAAACUGCACAGAGGGAACUAAGGUUAGAGGGUGCUGAGUGGACUUCACUCUGACACACACACACACACACGAGGCUGUUUCUUAUCACUGACUUUACGAUCCCUGAUGAUUUGAUUCUGUUCUUUGUCCAUUCAGCUUUCAGGUUAAUUUCCUGAACAGGAAUAGAGUAAAUGAAAGGCUGUUUUUAAACUGACUCCAGGUGUAUUAGUAGUAGUAAGAAGGAAGAGAAAAACCGAAAGAAUUUAUUGUACACUGAGAUUUUAACGUAUAUUUAACCCUCAGUCUACUGCCUAUUUUGUUAUAAUAAAAAGUCUAUAUUGAGCUUUACUUCAAAACUCAUACAGCUAUGGGGAAUUAUUUUAUUUGCCAUGUUGAACGUAUAAAUAUGAAUAUAUAUAUAUAUAAAUAUAUUUUCCUUUACUUUCACCAACACCUAUCGGUUUCAGUUAGUUUCUGAUGCGUUCAGUAGAACAGAGGAGACCUGUGGUCCUGAGUCAGAUCCCUCUGUAAGGUCAGAGAACGGGGUUAAGGUCAGGAAUAGGACACACGUACACCCCCUGAACUCUGAACUCCGCUGACUGGCUGGGGUGUGAACUGUGUUGGUGAAGCAGUGGAAAUGUAAAGUAACCGACAUGGUGGCCUGGUUCUGGUUCUGGUUCUCCUCUCCCCAUCUCCAUGUCCACUUCCCUGCGAGUUUUCUUUUUUUCCAUGUGAUGUGCAUGGUUUUUAGAAGCAGUAGUCUUUAUUAAAUAACAAACAGGGGGGGGGGGGCGGGGAGAAAGAGGAGUCUGUGUUCACCGAGGAUUGUGACGUCAUAUCUUCAAGCUCCGCGAGAGGAUCGUUCAGACAGACACACACUGGAGUAGACAGUCCUCGAGUGUGUGUGUGUGUGUGUGUGUGUGUGUGUGUGUGUGUGGACAUGGCCGUUGUUUGUGUCUGAAGGGGGAAAGAUCUAACAACGCGUUUUCGAAGCGCGAUGCCUUUAACUGUCCUCCGGAGGACUCCGUGCUGGAAUCCUCCCUCCCUCUCCUGCUUCCGCAGAGAUGAUUGUUUUCUAUAAGACUGGUUCUUCUUCUGGUUCUUCUGGUUCUUCACCACUGCUUUCUAUCUCACUUUUGGAUUCGAGUUUGUAAAUAAUCCCUUUCCUGAUUCAUUCAAUUUGUCAUAAAGAGGAGAACUGCCAAUAAACCCUUUCUCAUACAUCA